AUGGAUGCCCUACGAAAUACACUUACCCGCGCACAUCAACCACAGGAGGUCAACUCCACCAGCGCCCGCGUCCUCUGCCGCACCGAGAACCUCGCCUCCCACCACGCCGGCUUCAACACCCUACUCCGAGGUCCGCGCAUCCUCAGCGUCCUCAAAUGCGUCGCCGCUGAACCCAUGCUCCUCUUCAAAGAGAAGAUCAACUCCACGAGCUCUCCGGCAGCGGCGGCUUCGCGCCCCACAUCGACUCAACGGCCUACACGCACAUCCGAAAAAUCAAACACCUUACCAUUCUCCUCGCCGUCGAUGCCGCAACCAUGCGAGAUGGGGCCUCGAAAUCGUCAGAGAUAG